UUGAAGCGUUUUUAUUUUAUUUUUACACCAUACGGGGAUAAUACUAGAAAACACUCUGAAUUUGGAGCUAUUUACGCAUUGUCAAUGCCACUGAAAUCGAUCUACCGGUAGGUAGUACGUGAACUCGCGCCGCUUAGUUAAGACGCUUGUCAACCGAACAAAAAAACUCGCUUUCUUCGCAGGAGAACAAGUAUUUGGAAGAGUUGUUUUCCCUGUUCGUUUACGAACUAUUCAUAAUGAUUACAAAUAAAAUACUUUUUCGAUGAUCGAUUCCCCCCCCAUCCAUAAAUAAAUCCAAGACACCUUGGAAAAUGGACAAAUUCGUGGUGCGUCUACCAAACGGGGAAGUACCCAAGGAAACGAAGGGUAAAGAAAAGGUGUAUCGACAAGCAACUAUUGAGUCUCUACGCAGAGUGGUGGUGAUUGAAGACAUUGAAAGGUACAAGUCCAUGCUGGAACUGCCUGGCCAGACCAAGGAGAAUCUGCUACUAGCCCUGGCAGAGCUCAACAAGAAGAUGCCGUCCAAGGAGGUGCUCAAGUCAACCAGAAUAGGCCACACUGUUAACAAGAUGCGUAAGCAUCACCCCGACCCUGAGGUGAGUUCCCUAGCGGCUGAAGUUUACACUGUAUGGAGGCGCUUCAUUGAAGAGCAUUCCAACAAGCCCUCCAUAGAAGUACGCUGUGACAAGCAGACUGAGGGACUGAGGAACAACGCCAGGAGAAUGUUGUCUGAAGCUCUGGAAGUGGAGACAGACAGUGGUCUGGCGGAGAACAUAGAGAGAGAGGUGUUCCACCAGAGUUCUCGGCUGGUCAGCGGCUCCUACAGGCGAACUAUCAGGAAGCUGGUCUUCGCCCUCAAACACCAGCCAGAGGUCAGGGGUCAAGUCAAGGAGAGUAAGAUCCCAGUAAACCAGCUGGUGUCCACCCACAAGAAGUAAAUGCACUCUGUUCAGAACCUUCUCUGUGGAAAAAAUAUAUUAAAGGGUUCUUUGUGGGUGAAAGGGUUCCACCUAGAACUAUAUAUAUAUAUAUACACACACACACACACUGUACCGGUCGAACGUUUGGACACACCUACACAUUCCAGGGUUUUUAUUUAUAUUGUAGAAUAAUAGUGGAGACAUUAAAACUAUGAAA